AUGGCAGACUCUUUUUUCGGAUUUGAUACUUCUGUACCAGGUGCUGGUCUAGAUGACGCUAUAGAAUGUCCGCUAGACGAGGACGAUAUCGUCGAAGAGGACGAGUACGAUGCAUUGAACGACGAGACAUUUGGCUCGGCUACCGAUGAUGAUUGGGAGAAAAAUCAUGAAAAAUUAGCCCAAAUUGCUGAAUCUACAAGAUUGCAAAAGCAAUUGAUUAAUCAUAAGAAUGGCAUUGACGUGGAUAUCGAAGGAAGUUUUCCUCACUUGGUCAUGGACGAGAAAGACGGCAUCGUCCCAAGACCCGGAGUAUGGGACAGCCCAUCCAACUUCCCCGUAGUCCCACCAAAUCCAUCUCUAUCAGUGGCCUUGAAAAACGUUUGCACCGUGGAAGAAUUAGAGCGUGGCUUACGACCACCUCCCGGUUUGGUAAAACCAUCAACACCACAGCCAACAAACAUAAAUAUCGUCAACAAUAUCAACACAACGACAAACCAAACUCCUUCAGCACAGCAAUUACCACUACCCCGACCGGGGGGUCAAUUUUCCUUAGACUACCCAAUGAUAAAUGACCUUACCGCCAACCUACGUGCAAACUUAUUGAACAACAUGCCUCGAUUUCCACCGGGUCUCACCAUGCCGGGUCAACACCAACACCAACACCCAGUGAUCCUUCCACCAAACGUGCGACUGCCAAACGCACCCCUGUUGCCAAAUACUCGACCUUUGGCUGGGAACCCAGCAGCAGCUGCCGCCGCAGCCGCAGCGGCUAAUUUACUCCGAUACCCUUUGCCGCCGCAUUUAAUGAUCCCUCACAAUAACCAGCGGCAGCCAAUGCACGGUAAUUUUUCAGUCGGUAAUUUUCCUCAAGCACCACCUAAUUUACCGCGACCUAAUUUACCGCCUAAUUUACCUCAAUUUAUGCGACCAGAGCACCCUCUGAUGUCGGCGUUCCCUAAUAAUUUACCGAACCAUCACCCACAUCAUCAGCAACAGCAACAUAUUCAACAGCAACAGCAAAAUCAGCUUCAACUUCAUCUUCAGCAUCAACAGUCUAAUAAUCAGCAGCGUAAUCACAACAGACCAACUUAUCAAACCAACGAUCAAUCUUCUUCUAAUAAUCACAAUCAACCUUUCUUUAAAAAUAACCAAAAUUGGAACCAAAAUCGGAAUAAUCAAAGGUACCAUCAUAAUAAUUACAAUAAUUAUCACAACGGAUUAAACGAAAACGGAGAGUACGACGAAUACGCAGGUAUGAUGAGCAAUCGGGAAAAGCAAUGGCUGAUUAACAUCCAGCUGAUGCAGCACAACACAAACCAACCGUACUUUGAUGAUUAUUACUUCACUGUAUUUUGUGAUCGUCAGAAUAAAAAAAAUAAUGAAAGUCCGGAUAAUAAGGAUAAUAAAAAACAAAAUAAAAAUGGAUACCGUGAUAGGGACAACAAGGAUCAGUCCCAGCAUAUUUUGACAAAAGUAGUCUACACUCCGACCCAGUUUGAAAACUCACUUGGGAAAUUGCAGUGCGGAAGUGUCACCGCUCCGAGGAAAAUCAUUGACAUGGAUGUGGUGGCUAGCAGUGAUCCGCAGCAGAAUCAAGCUUCGCAGCAGAAAGAUAUGAAGAAGGCAAGGCAGAGAUUGUUGGAGAUAGAACGCUUGUAUACGGUUCAGCUAAAGCUUGAGGAUGUUAAUAAUCCUUUGGCUUUGGUGGCUGAACAGCAAGCUCUUCAGCAGCAGCAACAGCAAGUGGACCAGGAGAUUGAGAAGCCAGUGAAGAAAACUGCGCCAGAGCUGAUCAAUAUUAUGCUAACUUCGAUACUCCAAUUGCUAAAAGAAGAUAAAUUGUCGAGUAUUUUGAGCAUCAGAAAGGGAAAAGCUUUGUUGUUACGGUUUUUACCGUUUCUCAGUGUUACGGAGUACACUCAGCAACUUGGGGACUUCUGGGUUGGAUUCAUUCGUGGUCUGGCGGUUAUUAGUCGGAGAGAUGCUAAUAUUCUUAUAAGAGCAGAAACUUUGUAUCCUAACGAAGACAACGCAUCAUGUAGCGAAUGGUCAUCAUUUAUCGUAACACUAGCAGACACUAUUGGAUCAUCACCACCAAGUAUCGCACCCUGUCAACCGAUUCCUGCAAACACACUCAACGAGCACUUGCAAAGAAUUCGUGGUCUUACAAUUGAAAGGUAUGCGCCAUUAGAAUCUUUAUUAACAGAUGCUAAUCUAUCUCGAUAG